AUGGUGGGGGAUAACGAGGGGAACUCGCCCUCACACGAGGAGGAGGACGACGAAGAUGAUCCAGUCAGCCUAGCUAGCAUUCUCCGGGAGCUCAAAGACUUUAGACACGAAAACAAGGAACAAUUUUCUGAAAUUCAAAGAAACCAACAACAGACGGACGCCAGAGUGACACAAGCCGAAGCACGAAUUGAUGAAGUGGAAACGGCGCUGGGAGAAGAAGAAGUUAUAAGGAUUGCCUGGCAGAAGAAACAAGUGAUGUACAAGGACACGCGAUUCUACGUUGACCAUGAUUACCCUCCGCUGAUUCUAAAGAAACGCACCGAAUACAACCAGGCCAAAAGAGUCCUCAAAGAGCACAAUAUAAAGUUCCAAACUCCCUAUCCCGCAAAACUGAGAGUGUUUUAUAACGAGGAGACCCGCUUGUAUCAGAGCGCGGCGGAGGCGACAGUGGACAUGGCUGCAAGAGGACUCCCGGUGACCGUGAUCCCGUCUAUUGUCGAUCCCUACCAGCGCGAGUUGCAGCGGCUCUCACCGUGGCAGGCGAUCCCCGGAGACCGAACCAGCACACCCCCUCCUUCAGGCACCGGAUCGACUCUGACGAGCCGGCUCAUCCAAAGACCGUUUAUUGAAAAGCUGCGGGAAUUCAGACAAAAUCCACCUACAGAUAAGUGA